GGCGGCGUUGGGGUGUCUCACGCUGGUGACAGCUCGCGCGUGCGAUGAUGGCGGUCCUGCCCUGUGGGUACAUAAGCACGUGCUCUGUCCGUCUGAGCAGCGUCACCGAACGUCUGUCCUUGCUGAGCUGGUCAGUGAUUUCGUCUUUAGCAGCAGCAUCACUGGAAAAAGACUGCAAUUGAGGGCUUUGAAGCUGCGCUUCCUUAGAAUGAAGACUUAAGUAGUAAUUAAAUUCUCUAAGAACCGCCAAGACUCCUUUGAAUGAAAUGGGGAUGUUCCAGGCUCUGAGCAUUGCAUUGGAGAGGAAGGAAUGUUUCAACGUAACUCGGUCAAAGCAGCGAAGACUUCUGUAAGAGAUGGAUAGAUGCAAACAUGUUGGGCGGCUACGACUCGCCCAGGACCAUUCAAUCCUGAACCCCCAAAAGUGGCACUGCAUGGACUGCCAGACAACUGAAUCAAUCUGGGCUUGUCUGAAGUGCUCCCACGUAGCCUGUGGGAGGUACAUCGAGGAGCAUGCACUUAAACACUUUGAAGAAACCAGACAUCCAUUGGCAAUGGAAGUUAACGAUCUGUAUGUAUUUUGUUACCUUUGUGAGGAUUAUGUCUUGAAUGAUAACCCAGAGGGUGACUUGAAAUUGCUGAGAAGUUCUCUGUCAGCAAUUAAGAGUCAAAAACAUGAUCCAUCAACAAGAAGUGGGAGGACACUGCGAUCCAUGACUUUGGGAGAGGAUGUGUGCAGCCAUCAGAGGACCCCUCAGGGACAGUCUCAAAUGCUUACAGCGCUCUGGCACAGGCGCCAGUCUUUGCUUGCCAAGGCGCUGCGGACCUGGUUUGGUAAGAGCUCCAGAGGCCAGCUAAAGUUAAAACAAAAGAAACAGAUGGAGGAGUUGGAGAGGAAGAAGGAGGCAGCCAGGCGGCGACGGCAGGAGAUGAAGAGGCAGCUUCUGGAGGAGCUGGCAAACACCCCUCCGAGGAAGAGUGCAAGGCUGCUGUCGCAUGUGCACAGAGAGAACUUGAUUCCAAGGAAGUUCAGGGAGGUGGCGACCGCUUCCCCUAUCUCAAGGCAGAUGCAGAGCAGCAGAUUCAAUCAGUUCUAUUCCAUCCGGCGUAAGCCUCUGAUGACUCCUGGGGUGACGGGUCUAAGGAACCUGGGAAACACAUGUUACAUGAACUCUAUUCUGCAAGUGCUGAGUCACCUCCAGAAAUUUAGAGAAUGUUUUUUGACGCUUGAUCUCUGUGAAACGGAAGAACUCUUGGCCAAAACUGUGAAUGGGAAGUCUAGGUUGCCUGGCAGAUUGGCAAAUGGAUCUGCUGCUAAUGAGUCAGGGAGGACUGACAAAGUGGGAUCAUACGGCACACAGAGCUUGCCAGCUGGUUUAAAUGGCAGCUCCUCGAUAAGCAGGAGUUUAGAACUAAUACAACCCAAGGAACCGCGUUCAAAGCACAUCUCCCUCUGUCACGAAUUGCACACCCUCUUCAGAGUGAUGUGGUCUGGCAAGUGGGCGCUUGUGUCCCCGUUUGCCAUGCUGCACUCUGUGUGGAGUCUGAUCCCGGCGUUCCGAGGUUACGAUCAGCAGGACGCUCAGGAGUUCCUAUGUGAGCUGUUGGAUAAAGUGCAGCAGGAGCUGGAGUCAGAAGGAACAAAGCGCAGGAUCCUCAUCCCUUUCUCGCAGAGGAAGCUCACCAAGCAGGUCCUGAAGGUGGUGAACACCAUUUUUCAUGGGCAGUUGCUUAGUCAGGUCACCUGUAUAACAUGCAACUACAAAUCCAACACCGUUGAGCCCUUUUGGGAUCUUUCCCUGGAGUUUCCCGAGCGCUAUCACUCUAUUGAGAAAGGGAUUAUCCCUGUUAACCAGGCAGAGUGCAUGCUGACGGAAAUGUUGGCCAAGUUCACAGAAACUGAAGCUCUGGAAGGGAGGAUAUAUGCGUGCGACCAAUGCAACAGCAAACGACGAAAGUCUUCUCCCAAACCUCUUGUUCUGAGCGAAGCUAAAAAGCAGUUAAUGAUCUACAGACUACCUCAGGUCCUCCGACUGCACCUUAAACGAUUCAGGUGGUCUGAACGCAAUCACCGUGAGAAGAUUGGGGUCCAUGUCCUCUUUGACCAGGCUUUUGGGUCCACUGCAAUGACUCCAAACUGAAUGUAUGCAGCGUGGAGGAGGUGUGCAAAACCCAAGCCUACAUUCUUUUUUACACUCAAAGAACCGUGCAGGACAAAGCAAGAAUCUCAGAAAAACAACUCCAAGCUCAGGUGCUGUCCAAAAAUACUGAUAAAGACAGAAGACUGACAUUCCCAUGAUGGGAAGCUCUAUAACUCAAUCAACAGUCUCGUUUGUUUGUUUGUUUGUUUCUGUUUUUUAAACCAUUGGUGUUCACAUCUUUCCUCUCUGUAGGGAAAAGGGCUGGCUGCAGGAAGGGGAUCAGAUCAUGGUGUUUGUUGCCCAGGUAUGGAGAAGUGUAUCAAGCUGUGCAAUUCUGAUGUGUAAGACUGUAGUCAGAAACUUGUUUUUUUAAACAAUGUUGUUGUUAAAUUACACAAAACAAAGAGUUUGAUGCUUUGUAUCAUUAGUCUCGUAUUAAAAUGGAAUUGAGUAAGGCAUAUAAGAAAUGAGCACAACCAACAAAUAGAAGCAUUCAACUGGCAUCCAGAAACCUUCAGUACCUGAUAAAGCUCUGGAAGGAGCAGGUAUAGUACCUUCCCUUGAACUGUCAUUAGGAUUUCCAUCGAGGUAUUUCUUUUAUGGUUGUUGAAUAGUUGGAGCUGGCUGCCCUAAAAGCCUUUCUUGCUGAAGAAGUGUUUGACAUUCGUCAACAAGAAGAAGUGUUCCCCAGCCCUCAGCUAUCUCUGUGGUACCUAUUUCUUUGCCCUCAGAUAAGGGCAAACAAAUGGCUGGCAAUUUCUGUCAACAGCUCUUUUUCUCAGUGUUACUGGGACCGUAUGCACACUUGAUAGUCUGUUCUCUAGGCUGAACUGAACUGGCAGCUAAAUUCGCUAGGAAUGUAAUUCUGAAAACAGUUCUGCUCUGGAGAAUGUUUUUUGUUUUAUUUUUUAAAACAAAUAAAAAAAACCAAACACCCUGUAAUAAAACAGAAACGUACCUGUGUGAUCAGAGUCGUAUCUGUUUGCACUGGCAGCAAAAACAGCAAAACAGAAACGGCACGUUUCUGCUGGCAUAACUUUGCUGAUCAGAGUUAGAAAGAAGUGAAAACCCUGACUUGCACAGUCACAGCUGUGACAGCAAAAGCAGUCACUGGGAGGCAACUUACACUGGCAAAUGAGCACUUUGUUUGGUUUUGUUUUGUUUUCCAAGGGAAUAGUGUGGAGGUAACACCACAGAGUCAGAGCUAAGUGCUGUUAACUGCUCCUAUAGUGGCAAUAUUGACAAACUGGUUGUCACAGGAAGCCCAGAAUGACUGAAGGCAGUGAGGUUGUGCGGAUGCAGUGGACAGACUUUAACUUGUGAAGCUGUUAUUCCUGCUGGGUCAUAAAGGAAAGGAAUUAAGUUAACUGUCAUAUUGCUCAGUGAGCUUGAAAAACUACAGGAAUGUGUCUGUGAGUAUCUUGAUUUUAGAACAGGGCUCUAAUUGACUAUUUCUGGUCAGUUCUCAGCCUACAGUUGGACCUCAGGAAUUUUUAUCAUUUGGGGUUUGGCCGCAUGUGUUUCUUAUUGUCAUCAAAUCUGAAUAUGUGACUGCAAACAUACGUGUUGUAUUUCAGUCUUGUUGGGUUUUUUUUUUUCUUCUUUCCUGAAGCAGCUGUGGGUUGAAGUAUUGCGGUUCUUCAAACACCUGAUUCCAUGUUCAGGUAGGGGAGCUGGAACCGUGUUUUUCUUCACCUUCCUACUUGUAUCCUGGCUGGCACUGGCCCGUCAGACACAAACUGACAGCUGUGCGUUAUUGUUGGAGAGGGCCAAGAGGAAAAUCCCCCAAACACAAUUCCUCUUUUUUCACUGCUGCUACUUCAACUUUUGAUUUCCUGUUCUGUGGGCACUUCAGCUGCUGUUAAUCACUUUAGUCAUGCAGAGAUGAGCAGAACAAACAAGAAACUCCUCUUUUGUUAGAGCACAGCGCCGCUCUACGUCUCCUCUGUCCACAAAGAGCCCCAUUUGCUCUCUGUCUGAGCCACUUUUUGAGCCUACGCAAACUGAUUUUUUAGCAACUAAGAGUAAUUUGAGUUUAUAUACUUGCUUUGUUUUGUGGAUUUUUUGUUUGUUUGUUUGUUUUUAGGCAAGCCAGUUUGAAACAGUCUUAUGGGAACGAAUUAAAAGGUGUUAAUUCUGUUUCUCUAAAUGUUGCAUGGUCUGGAAGGAUUUCCUGUGAAUGUCUGCAUAUCUGUGUAUUUACUAGGUAGCUUUUUUUUUCUUUUGUGCUACUAGUAAAUAAAAUAAAUAAAAAUACUAUAGGCCAGACUGAGAUGCAACAGAAAUGUGACCCAGCUUAAUGCAGGGGAAGCUGGUCUGGUUUCAGCACAGGCAGAAAUUGACAUCCGUGAAAGAAUGAAAAUGAAAUGCUUGUGGUGUUCAGAUCUGUGCUGGAGUCUUCGGUAGGGCAGAAUGCAUGCUUUGUGAGGGCUACGUGUUUCAAAAGGAAAAUGAAAGGAAAAAAAGUGUUCGGUGUUGCCUUCUUAAUCUCAGAAUUGGAAGGGAAAAUGGAAGAGUCAUGGUUUGCUGUGACUGCCAAAUACUGUGAUCGCAUUGUGCAUCCCUUACCAUGCUGGCCCUGUUUGUAUGAAGAUUGAUUGUUGUUACUGUAGUGAGUCGAGACCUUUGCUGUGAAUGCUCAUCUUUUGACUGAGUGUUUUGCAUUAAUAUUUGUGUUCAGGUAGAAAUAUGGUUGUCAUGUGAAUUGACUAGAUUACAGAGGGGAGUGGGAGCAGCACUGUUAGCCAUGGGUACAGCUGGUUGCCCAAGCAGAUUGUGUAGUGUUUGCUGUUGACAUCUUUUGACAUUAGUGACUUCUCCAUGUGACAUUAGCCUCAUUGCGCUGAGAUGUGGAGAUACUGCAGUCAGAAAAAUGUUGCCCUGAUAGGGAGAGAAUGAAUUAUACUUCAAAGUAAACUUGCUCUUUCCAGCACUGUGAGGUUUCUGUGAUAUUUAGCUUUUAUUUGGAAGCGAUAGCGUAUAGCAUUUUUUUAUGCUGUUUGGUUUAUAUUUGUCUGCUGUAGGCAUCCUUAUAUAAGCAUAGCUCAGUGUCCCUGCCAUGGUGGACGCUGUUCUAUAGUGUCUUGUUUGCCAGAAGUUAGAAUUGGAAGUUACCUCUUUACAUUAAUAAGACAUACGUUAAUAAAUAAGAUGUUUAUCCAGCUUGCAAUUACUGUGAAGCUCACUGAAGUGAAUGCCUGCCCAAGGGCAGCCUGUAAUGCAAGCUCUGUCCCUCCUUUAAUGGUGUGACUUGAAAUCCUGCUCCAAUCCAGGUGUGUAUUUAGAAUAAUUCUGGAUGUAGACUUUACUCUCGCAAGCACCUAAGCAACUGAUGUAACUUAACUCAGGUGUGGAGGUCACGCUUUUGAGUCCCGAGCUCAGUGUCUGCAGGAUUAGAACCUUUGUUUUGGUUGAACUGGGAGUGGAAUUUGUUUCUAUACAUGCAGGCACACCUGAAUUGGGGUUUCAGUCAUGUAACAAGUAGCCAGCUGCCUUGAGGAAUGCUGAGAGCAAGUGUGAGGCUCCUGGCACUGUGCAGGUUGCUGUCUGAAGGCAAAGUAAAUCACAGGACACUUGCAGGCUGUCAGGUUUGUGAGUACGCAGCCCUUGGCACAGAACUGUUCCCAGCAUAACCUUAUUCUCUUCAACUUGUACGUAAACUGUUGUUAAUUUUGUGCUUUUAAGAAUGAAGAAUCAUAAUGUAUUCAUGGCCAGGUAGAGUGCAACAUUGACUGUAGUUAUUGGGAAAUACUUUAUUUUAGCUAACGUUAUGCCUCUAGCAAGUUAGUUGCAUAAAUUUGCCUUUGUUACCCCUUUACUGCCUGCAUGUCCAAGUUAAAAUGUGCAUACUGCAAAAACAGUUUCUCUGCAAAGCAAUGGGGGAAAAAAAAACCAACUCUUUUUUCCCCACUAUUUCUAACCAGAACAAUUCUCUGGUCUGGCUUUGAAGUUGUCAAUAUGAAGCAGCAAACAGAAUAAUGUGCAUUAAGUGUUUGACGUCAAACUUUUCUGGGUGGCAGUGUCACCCCCAUUUCCUUAGGGGAUUCCAGCCAUUCUUUUUCAGCGCAGGAAUAUAAUUGGAAACAGUAAAAGCACUGAGUGCAUCCUACAGACUCACUAUCAGAAGUUAUUUUUGCUUCAGAAAGGCAAAAGACAUCUUCCUUAUGCCCAACCUAAAUCUCCUCUCUUUUAGUCUGAGACCAUUUCCCCUUGUCCUAUCACAGCCCCUGCUGAAGAGUCUGUCCCCUUCUUUCUUACAGCCCCUUCAGAUACUGAAAUAUUGUCUUGGUGGUAAUGUGGACACAUUCAUGCUGAUUGUAAAUUCCCCCAGGCUGAGUGUGCUUAAUUGCAUCCUAACGAAACUUCUGGCUGCUGCCAGAUCCUCCAGGAUAAGCUACAGUGAAAGUAACAGUACUGCAGAAUGAGGAAUACUUAUGGAAGAGAAAAUAGAUAGAGAUUAGUUUUACCUGCCAAUACAAUUUAGUGAGCUAAUUUUGUAUAAUUCCUUAGAUUUGGUGCCUUGUAUCCAAUAACAUUUUGAAUAGGACAGAAACGCUGAGGGUGUAAGUCUCAGUGACACUGAGAUAAGUCCUGACUGAAGCAGCAGAUCUGUGUUUUUAUAAGUACUCUCAGCAUCACUGGCAUCUUCACAUUUCAUGUCCAUAUCAAGAAGUUUACCAGCAAGCUCAGAAGCUAUGAUUUUAUCAUUAUAUGUUUGAAAUAGCUGUAUAUGUCAUAAUUCAAGGAAUGACUUGUUCAAAGGCAGACUGGACUUAAAUUGUCUCAUGUCAUCCGGGCCCCUUCCAGUCAGUCAGUAAGCUGACAUCUGGCAGAGCGUGUGGUGCAGAGCAAGGAAUAAAAACUAGACUGGGAGUUUUUGGUAGAGGAGCUGUACCUUCGGAAGGGGCCUUCUGUCCCAAGCCUGAAUAUAGAAGUCCCAAGCUUGAAUAUAAAACCACAAUUAAGUGGUAUCUUUCUCGUGUCCAUUUCAUUAAUAUCGAUACCUGUUUAUUGCAGAUGGGAAUGUGAAGCAUUCUAGCAAGCUUUUGAAUUUUGAAAACCACAGCAUAGACUGAAUGAUCAAAAGCUGAAUGUGUUACUCACCUGUACCGAUUUGUGAUUAUCUGUCUUAGUUGAUUUUAGGGGUGUGCCUUUAGGCCGCUCCUGUUGUGCUUACUUUAUUUUAAAUUCUAUGAUUCUGUGUGUGUGAAUGGGUUCCACUUGUUUAAAGGGUAACUUUGCAUGGUGGGCCAAAAUAGUUUUGAGAGAUCUGAUAGUCUUAAUAAUGCAGUUUGCAAAGUACAUUCAUUUCCAAAAGGGAGGGUGGGGGGUAAAGUGAGGAGGAAAAAAAAAAAAGAAAGACCAUACCAGCUCAAUGAGCCCAAGAUUGACUUUAACCACUGCUAUUUAUUGUUCUGAAGUGUCUGUGUGGUAUGGAGGAGUGCGCUACAGUUACAGUGGAGUGCUGUGCUACUGAUUUUGUGCAGGCUGGAGACAGGGAGGGAGAAAGGGAGAAUGAAACAACCAGAAAAAUAAAACCAAGCUGAGCACAGCAGUGAUGUACUUCCAGUAGAGAUAGGAAGCAUUUGAUUUGGUGACCUUAUGUGUCAGAGGUCUGUGUAUUUUGCAGGCAGAGACAUCAACAAAAUCCAAAUGCAGUCUCAUUAGCUGCAGUCUGGGGGAAAAAAUUUCUCCUAGUGGUAGUCUCAUACUGGCAAAUGAAUGGUGCUUUUCCAUUAAAUAUUCCUAAGGAACAGAACCCCAAAUUCUCAGGUUUUAAGAAGGAGCUGCCUACUUAAAGCCCACCAUGCCACUGUAAAUGCUUGUGUAACUGGAGGUGAAAAAAGAUCAUACAGUUGAUGAGCGAACACCAUUUGAUUUGUACUUCUUAGUCUCAGUAACGUGCUUUCCGUGGAGGUGUCAGGUGGUUCCAUUCUGAACUGCUGGGUCUGGGCCCUGACUCAUCAAACUUGGAUUUUGUGGGGGUAGAAAAGGGCUCCCUCUGUUUCUCCUGCUGCUUUACAGACGCUUUCCAUGUGAGCACUUCUUCAUUGGAAUGUAGGGCUUUUGAGUGUUUCUCCUCCUGAAGAGGAACAAACACACCCCUCCAGCAUGGGCAGUGUUAAAUGUCAAGCACUUAGGCUAUAGCCUUAUCUCCUUAGAGAACCAUAUCCGUGCUAUGGGGAUAACUGUGGUACACUGAGUUAGUAUGAGUGAAUCAGUGCAGCAUUUGUGGAUUCACAAGGUUAAAGAAUGUAUUAUAACAUGGGCAAACCAGAGCUUUGCAGAUGAGUAAUGUCACUGCAAGCUUGUGGUGCACUGUGGAAUGGAAUCUGUAGCUGAGGAAUUAAGAUAACUUACCCACAUGGCUCCUCCUUGGCUCCUCCUUUGCACAGUGUCUGUUCUGUAUAACUCCAUACCUCUGACUCAUGAAUACUUCCUAGUAAGUUCAUCUUCAUUCUCCUCAUAUUUAUUAAAUGAAGUUACUAAGCCUGGCCCUUACGGCUGUUGCCUACUGCUACAAGAUGAACAAAUAUUUGUGAAAACCAAGUUUAUAGCUUGUUUGUCAGACAUGCUGAGUACAGUAACAUGCCACUAACAACCUGUUCAGCCCCUUUGGAAGACGUCCUAUUUCUUGUCUGCUAAACUUCAGCUUUGGUUAAAGCAGUCACAAGCUAUUUAGGGCACAGCCUUCUGUACAUCUACCUAAAUGAGAGGUUUACAGGAAAGGAACAAGUGGAUAAGUUUGUUUCCAGUAAAACUUUAACUAGUUUGCUUUUGGGUAAAAACAAACAUAGUUGCAAUGGUCAGGAUGGUUAGGACUGUGUCUUCAAGAAGAGUGCAGCCCAGGCGAGCUCCCUUAAGUUAAGACAGGUUUGCAAGGCAUGCUGCCAGGGGAGCCCCCGUUCUGCUCCUGCCCUGGAAGCUCCACUGUUGACCUGAGCAAGGAUAGAAGGAAAGCUAA